UUUCACAGUAAAUACAAUCAUUAAAUCUACAAUAUAUUAUAAUCAAACGCAAUGCAACAAUUUCCAUUCGAUGGUUGCAAAAUGCAAAAUAAAGUGCAUGACAUUUCACAAUUUUCCCCCAACGAAAAUUAUCUUCACUUCACCCUCCAGUAUUUAAUAAAAAACGUGCUGACCGUCGCCCAGUGCUUCGCCAUACUGCCCGUUAGUAAGACGCGCGAAAAUGCGGAAGAUUUGCAAUUUGAGUGGCGGUCGUUUAAAACUACGUACGCAAUAUUCGCAAUAUUGUCAGUGGGCGUGUAUUCGUUGGUGGUCUUGCUUAACUCGAUCGCGACGAGUGAGGGAUUUCUCAGCUUUGUGGUUGUCAUAUGGAAUGUGCGCUCUUUUGUCGCCCUGCUCGUUUUCCUGAGGUUGGCCCAGAAAUGGCCGAAUCUACUUCAGGAGUGGACAAGGGUUGAGAUCGAUAUGUUGUGUUAUGGUGCACUACCGACACUUAAAUUGCGAUUUAUUGUAAUGCCAAUCGCUUUUCUGAUAGCUGGAUUGGUUGAACAUUUCACCUACGUAUACGCAUGGAUAAGAACCGUUUCAAAGAAAAUUCAGCCUCAAGAAAAUUUUACGCGUUUGUAUUAUGAGUAUGUAUACGAUGGGUUCUUUGACACAUUCGGAUACGCGCCUUGGAAAGUUCUGUAUGUGGAGUUUGUAGGAGCCAUAAUAACAUUUGCAUGGCAGUUCGUCAAUAUUCUUAUUAUCUUGAUGUCAUCAACACUGGCAGAGAGAUUUCGUCAGCUAAACAGAUUCAUUUCUAAAGAAGAGUGUAUAACAGAAACCCAAUGGAGACGAACACGAAAGCACUACACAAAACUGUCAAUUCUAUGCAAGAAGUUUAAUGAAACAUUUUCAAGUUUGAUCCUUCUAUCGUACAGCGCAAAUGUCUAUUUCUUCUCAAUUUCGAUUUUUCAAAGUAUGAGUGUAAGAAGUACAUUUGAAGCGAUUUUUGUCUGGUUUAACGUCAUUUUCAUAUUCAUCCAUUUUUCUUUAGUAAGUCUGUACGGGGCGUGGGUUUACGAAGAGAGUGUAGAUCUGAUUCCGAAACUGACAACUUUACAGCUUAAACACGUUAAUCACGAGGUGGAGCGGUUACUAGUCCAAAUGGCUAAUAACGACAAUGGAGUAUCAGGUGCAGGUUUCUUUAAGGUCACGAGAUCGGUGAUUUUACAGGCUCUGAAUGUGGUUGUAACACUACAGUUGAUAUUUGUGCAAUUUCAAGCAACCUUUGCGACGAAUGUACAGUAGAAUUUGGUAGGAUCAAUGGUACUAACAAAAGAAAUAGAAACAAAUAUUACUGUGACGUUUA